AUAUUAUUUAUGUGAAUUAAAUUUAUAUAUAAUUAUUAUUUAAUAGAAAUAUAAAAGAAAAUCUUAAUAGAAACAUUAAGAUAUAAUAAUUCAUAUAUAUUAAGAUUUGUAAAAGUACCACUGCAUUAGACGGCACUGAUAUGCUGUUAGAGUGGGUAACAAGUGGCUGUUCUGUUCUCAAUCGCUCCGCGGAACACAAAUUGUUCAGUGAAUAGGGAUUCUUUAAACAUGUGUUUAAAGACGAUUUAAUCAGAAGAGAAUGUUUUGUUCAUACUUAUAUUGUUCUUAAAUUAAAGACAUGGAUUCAGAAAAUACAAGAAAAGAAACAAUUAUAAAAGUAACAGAUUGGUUACGUGGAAUUUGGGAAAUGAGACGUCAAACUGGUCCUGUCCAACAAUGGUUAGAUUCAAUACCAUCACCUAUAAAAUCUAAUUUUUCAAUAAAAAAUGAAAACCAACAAGAAUCAAAUAAAAAAUCUAAUGUUUCAUUGAUACCAAGUGAACCUAAGGAUAUUCCAUAUCCUACAGGAACAAAACAAUUAACCAUGACUAAAUCUGCACCUAUUAAUGUUCCUAAUACAUCAGUUAAUACAACAAGAUUACCUAGUUCAUUGCCUCAUAAAUUGGUUCGAGAUCCAAGUCUACAAUCUGAUAGUAGUCACUGUAGUAGUGUGGAAAGCUUAUUAGAAUUAAGAAAAGCAGAUCCAGAAGCAAUUUUACUUGGUCUUGGAUUUGGUGGUUGUUCAAAUAGUCCACAAGAAAAUGGUUCCUUUUCUCGCAUACCAAAAAGAUUUUUACAGCCAUCAAAAUUAAAAGGCAUAGCUAUUAAUGAUUUUAUGAAGCAGCAACAAGAAACUAGUGAAUCUUUUGAUUCAGUAUCUUUAGGAUAUAGAGGUUUAACAGGUUCACCGUACGUAGCACCAUCAGAAAUCGUACAGAAAAUUAUGCAACGCUUACGAGAACACGAAAGUCACGAAUAUGAUCCAUAUGCAAUGUACAAUUCGUACGAACAAUAUAGCCCAUUGCAUUGUGGUGGUACACUUUCUGUACUGUCCCCUGACAGUAGACAAUUUUUGGAACAACCACGUUCUAAAAGUCCAGACAUGCGUAACAAACGUAUGAUUAUAGGACAAAAAUCAUUUGCAUUUGGGCAUGAUGGUGAUUUAAUUGAAAUUGAUUCAUCUAAUUCAAAAAGAUCAUUUGAAGAUACUUUAAACAGUGACACUAAUGUUAUGGAGAGUUUAGAAGCAAAAUCUAGUGAUUUAACAAGUGAUGAUAUUAAAGUAUUUAAACAAACGACUAUUCAGAAAAUAGAAAAAGUAUUACCAAAAAGCUUAUAUUUUAAUGACGAUAAAGAAUUUAAUAACACUGACUUUAAUUUAUUGACGAAAACGUUCAAAGAAAAUUUAAAUGAACAAAAUUUAGAUAAAAAUAUUAAUUGCAAAGACGAUAUUUCUUUAAACACAAUUUCACAUAAUAUAUUUGAUAUUCGAAGAGCUAGUGAUGGAUUUUGUAAUAUGAAAGAUGGAAAGAUUUUAUCCGAAAUAAAUAAACGAAGACAUAGCGACGGUUUUAUGCAAACUUCUAAGCAUAAUGAUGAUAAUAUAUUAGCUCGAAGAAGAAAAACUUUGAAGCGACAAACUAGAAUAAAUGAUAUAGAUGAUAUAAACUAUUGUGAUUUAAAUAUCUGCGAAUCUGAUACAGCACAAUGCAAAGAAUAUAACUUGAAUAACGAUGACAAGCAAAAAAACAUUUCUACGAAAUUAAUUCAGAAUGAUGAUAAAAAGAUACAAUUAAAAAGUGGAACCAGAAAUUACGAUAUAAUUAAAUAUUCACAAACAUUUCUCGAAGAAACACAUAAUUGUAUAAAAUCAAUUAAUUCAAGUAAAGAAAAACAAGGAAAUAAUAGUGAAUAUUGUAUUGAAAAAUCUCAGUCUAUAGAACAAAUAUGUGUAAAUAAAGAUGAAAGUACAACUUGUUGUUGUCAUUCUGGUACUAAAAAAUAUUGGAAAAAAAUGGAAAAAAUUAUGCAAGAAAAUAAAAACUUAGAAAAUAUGGUAACAAAAAGUAGAAGAGAAAUGGCAGAAAUUCGAGAAAUGCUAAGUAGCGUGUUAUCUGUACGAUUAGAACCUGGUUUUUAACUACACUUGAAUACAGAUAAAAAUAUAUUGCUCCAUAUGAUAUUAGAAUAUUCGAAAUAAAUUUCGACAAUAUAUUUUCAAAAUUAUUUCGCAUAUUAAUAAUAUUUUUGAAUCUUUAAAACAUUUUUAAUCUUUAAAACACAAGAAGAGUGUAAUUUACAAAAUUAUCACAAAAGCUCAUAAUAAGCUCAUAAAAAUUGCAAUGCAGUAAGAAUGCAUUUUUACUUAUAAUAAUUAUAAUUGUUUUUAAUUUUAAAUAAAGAUGUAAAUAUUUUGUUAUAAUUAAAAAUUUUUAUUUUUUAGUAAAUAUGGAUGAAAUAGCAUUAUCUCAUAUAUUUACAAAUAAUAUAUUGAUUUAUUAUUAUGAAAUAUUUUAGUAUAUUUGAAAAAUUAUUGCUAUUAUUUUAUUAUUUUUGUUGCUAUAUAAAACAUGUUAGUGUUAAAAUUUUCAUUUAAAUUUCAUUGUUGAUAAUAUAUAAAUUAUUUUACCAUUGUUCAAUCGUACUCAAUGUACGCGUAUAUAUUAAAUUGUAAAUAUGUAUAAAGUAACUUUAGAAACUGCAUUUCAUAUUCGAUAAUUUAAUGAUGUAUAUGUAAGCAUAUACUUCAACAAAAAAAAAAAAAAAAAAAAAAAAAUUGAAAUUCUAGUCCAAUUAAUUUUCGCAUCAAUAACCUAAUUUUAUUAUAUUGCUGUAAAAAAAGAAAAAAGGCAAUAAUAGUUAUAGAAGUAGCAGCAGCAUUAAUAGUAAUGAUAAUAACAAUAAAGAUAAAAAUAAGAUUCAGCUAUUUUUUUUUCUGAUAAAUGUUAAUAUUUUUUUUUAUAUAUGUAAAUUAACUUGUAAGUAAUUUACAUCUUACUAUAAGAAUUAAAUAUUAUAUUUGUGAAGAAAAGAAAGUAAGAAUUAUUUUGCAAUAUUUAACUUUAUCUUAUAUAAAUAUUUGCAAUUUUAUGCCUUCAUAUAAAUAUUCGAAUUUUUAUGAAUUUAAAAAUAUACAUUUUAAAGUGACAAAACUAUUUUUGAUUGAAACUAUUUUUGUAUAAUGGAAAAACUUAUUAUGAAUGAUUAUUAAUAAUUAUUAUUAAUAAAGUCAUAAUUUUAUAAGUUCAUCAAUUGCCUUUAAUGCUCAAAUAUUAUAUAUAUUUCUAUUAUUGUAUUAGUUCUUAUUAUGAACUAAACAUAGUUUUGUUGGGGCUCUAUGCUAACAUUAACUACAUUUCAGCACAAAACUUUUAUAAUUAAGUUAGACAUAAUUAUAAAAAUUAUAUUUACGUAUUAUUAAUCAAAACAUUUAAAGUACAAAUUAAAAUGGAAGUUACAACAGGAUUUAUGUAUAUAUGUGUGUACAUAUAAAUAUUAUAUAUAUAUAUAUAUACACACACAUAUUUUUUUAAUCUAACAUAUCAUUUAAUGUUUUUAAUUGUUAAAUUCAUAACAAAGGUUCUAUUCCAUAUUAUGUGCCUACAUUCCAAUAAAUUUGAUGUAUACAAAUUAUACAAACAGGAUAGGAGCUUUGUAGAAAAUAUGAAAUGUACAAAUAAUAUAGGAAUAUUGAAUAAAUAUUUGACAGGAUUAA